CGCUCACCCCACCCCUCGCGAGGUCAUCAAAACCCUACCCGCGGCACACAUCUCCCCCCACUUCCCCCAUCCGCCGCCGCCGCGCCUCCUCCUCGCCCAAGGUAGGAGCUUGUGAAAGUUCUAAGGCUGAGAAGAUGGUUCUGAAGACCGAGCUCUGCCGUUUUAGCGGCCAGAAGAUUUACCCAGGGAAGGGUAUCAGGUUCAUUCGUUCGGAUUCGCAGGUUUUCCUCUUUGCCAACUCAAAAUGCAAGCGCUACUUCCACAACCGCCUCAAGCCUGCAAAGCUUUGCUGGACAGCAAUGUACAGGAAGCAGCACAAGAAGGACAUCCAUGCUGAGGCUGCCAAGAAGAGGCGCCGCACCACCAAGAAGCCGUACUCACGGUCGAUUGUUGGUGCCACUCUGGAAGUUAUCCAGAAGAAGAGGGCUGAGAAGCCUGAAGUCCGUGAUGCUGCCCGAGAAGCCGCUCUCCGUGAGAUCAAGGAGCGGAUCAAGAAGACCAAGGAUGAGAAGAAGGCCAAGAAGGCAGAGGUGACCAAGUCCCAGAAGUCACAGGGGGGCAAGGGCGCCGUGCAGAAGGGUUCCAAGGGCCCAAAGAUUGGCGGUGGCGGCGGGAAGCGUUGAAAGUGCGUUGAAAGUCGAUUACGCCAAUAGACAUAGAGUUGUGCUGCCUAGCCUUGUUUCCUAUCCUACUAUCAUAGACCUUUGUCAAGUUAUUACCCCGCCCUCUUGAAUUUGCACCUUAUCUGUGAGGCUGAAUGGUGUUAACGUUUUGGAUUGUCUCGAUGAGUUUAUUUAUAAUGAAUGGUACUUAUGUUGGUUCUUGUCA